CCCGCCGCCCGCUCCGCUCCCCUGCCCGGCUCGCCGGCCCCGGGCGCGGGGGAGCGGCGGAGCCCGGUGCCUGCCGGGUGCAUGGACAGGAGCUCCCUGCUGCAGCUCAUCCAGGAGCAGCUUGACCCUGAGAACACCGGUUUCAUCGGCGUGGAGACGUUUGCCAGCCUCGUGCACAGCCAUGAGCUGCCUUUGGAUCCUGCCAAGCUGGACAUGCUGGUGGCUCUGGCACAGGGCAAUGAUGAAGGGCAGGUCUGCUAUCAGGAGCUGGUAGACCUGAUCAGCAGCAAGCGCUCAAGCAGCUUCAAACGUGCCAUCGCCAAUGGGCAGCGAGCCCUGCCCCGGGAUGGGCUCCUCGAUGAGACUGGGCUGGGCUUCUACAAGCGUUUCGUUCGCUACGUGGCCUAUGAGAUCCUGCCCUGUGAGAUGGACCGGCGCUGGUACUUCUACCAGCACCGCACGUGCCCCCCACCUGUCUUCAUGGCAGCUGUCACCCUCACCCAGAUCAUCGUGUUCCUGUGCUAUGGGGCCCGGCUAAACAAGUGGGUGCUGCAAACCUAUCACCCCGAGUAUAUGAAGAGCCCCCUGGUCUACCACCCCGGGCACCGCGCCCGCGCCUGGCGCUUCCUCACCUACAUGUUCAUGCACGUGGGGCUGGAGCAGCUAGGGUUCAAUGCCCUCCUGCAGCUGAUGAUUGGGGUGCCCCUGGAGAUGGUGCACGGCAUCCUGCGCAUCAGCUUCCUCUACCUGGCCGGUGUCCUUGCAGGGUCCCUCACCGUCUCCAUCACGGACAUGCGGGCACCUCUGGUCGGAGGCUCAGGUGGGGUGUAUGCACUCUGCUCGGCGCAUCUCGCCAACGUCGUCAUGAACUGGGCCGGGAUGCGUUGCCCCUACAAACUGCUGCGCAUGGUGCUGGCGCUGGUGUGCAUGAGCUCGGAGGUGGGACGAGCCGUGUGGCUCCGCUUCUCGCCGCCGCUGCCAGCCUCGGGUCCGCAGCCCAGCUUCAUGGCACACCUGGCGGGGGCCAUCGUGGGCAUCAGCAUGGGGCUGACCAUCCUGCGCAGCUACGAGGAGAGCCUGCGGGACCAGUGCGGCUGGUGGGUGGUGCUGCUCUCUUACGGCACCUUCCUGCUUUUCGCCGUCUUCUGGAACAUCUUCGCCUACGACCUCCUGGGGGCACAAAUCCCCCCCCCGCCCUAAGGACACCCCCCGCCCCCUUUGUCGUCCCUAUAGAUGCCCUUUUUCUAGCGAUGGCCAAAGGCCCGGCGGAGGGGGGGGGGUCCCCGCGCGGCACAUGGGGACGCGUUGCCCCCUCGGUGCUAGCGACCGCGCUGGGCCCCUCCGUGCCCCCCCCCCGCCUUGUGAAGGAUGCUUCAGCCCCGUCAGCACAGAGCCCCACCCUGGGAAUGGCCCCCGCAGCCCCUUCCCGGGCUCCCCGAAAAUCUGUGUCCCCUCUCCUCCCCCCCCAUCCCGGGAAUAACGGGGCCCAACGCGGAGCCAUUUAUUUUUCUAUGCC